CGCAGAUUGCGCACAUCAAAUUCUGCGAGUCAGAAAAACUUUUCAUUACCCACACGCGAACUUGUCUGCCACUUUUGAUCACAUCAGUCCCAGCCAGGAGCACCUGGACCACGGUGGCAGAAAUACGCGACGCGACAGAAAAGUCAAGUCUCUGAAAUGGAAAACACAAACCUUGUGAAAAAGGAGUUUGUAAGUGUAUGGGUACGAGAUCCUCAGGUACAAAAGGAGGAUUUCUGGCAUGCCUACAUCACUUAUGAGAUCUGCCUUCAUACCAAUAGUAUGUGUUUCCGGAAGAAGACCUCCUGUGUGAGGAGGAGGUAUAGUGAGUUUGUUUGGCUGCGUCAAAAACUACAGAACAAUGCUUUGCUUAUAGAGUUACCUAAACUCCCUCCCGGGAAUCCUUUCUUCAAACUCGAUAGUGAUUUCCAGAUCACUCAACGGAUGCAGGGGCUGCAACAGUUUCUUGAGGCAGUUCUACAGACACCGUUACUGCUGUCAGACAGUCGACUGCACCUGUUCUUGCAGUCACAGCUAAGCAUUGCAAAAAUAGAUGCGUGUGCAAAGGGACAGACGCAUUACACGGUUGAACAGGCAAUACAGCGAUGUGUUGGGUAUACCCGUUUCCCUGUGGAGGGAGAGCGUCAAGAAGAAGACAGCAAAACAUGCUGUGACUCAGAUUGUGAAAGUACAACAUCUUCUGGCUUGGGAAAUAGUCUAGGACGUGCCACACCUGUUGAAGAAGACUCUUCCUAUAAUGAAAGCUUUUCCCAUGAAUUUCAAGUCACAACCCCUGAGGCAGAACUCUGUAGCAGCCUGUCUUCAUCUCCUAGCAAUGAGUAACAUGUGCACUCUCUUAUAUGAACUCAAGAGAUGUAUACAUAACACAUCCAUGCACACUCUGUCAAAGAGAUUUCCUGUCCAGUUGCUGCUUUGAGCCUCCAGAGUUAUAUUUGGAUGGAUAUUGAAAAAAGGUCUUGAUUAUUGUUUUAUUACAGUACAUGUGUUGGUGUCCACGAUUUUGAUGUUUUUUCUUUCUUUUUUUUUUUUAAAUCGAGAUCUCUUUAUUUAAUUUUUGUGGAUAUAUUAAAUAAUCGUCCUUUACUAAAGGGCUGACAUAAAAAAGAAAAAGAAAGCUAGUGAAUUACAGUGUGAAUUAUAAGACUGAGUGCUUUUCUUGAUACUGUCAUUCAGGGCACACUGGGUUUAAUGUGUGCCUGAUAAAGAAGCUUUUUAAAAUGCUUCAUCUGUAUGGACGUGCUUUUGUUUAACUUUUUUCUUUUUUUUUUUAAGUAACCUGGCAGUUUAUUACUUAAAAUGUUUCUUAAAAAUUCUUAUCAUAUUAACAUGGCUAAAAAUGAGUGUCGAGGACCGUAAAUUUGUUAAGGAUGUCUUUUUAAAGUACAUUUUUAUUGUGAUUUGGUGUAUAUUUAGCGUGAAAUUAAUAAAUAUUUUUUUAAAA